AUAAGACAACGGCGUUAUAUAUAUAGAAAUACGCAUAUAAAUCUAUACAUAUAUAUGUUCAAAUAUAGAUUUUUAUCAUGGAAGGAGCUGGCAAUUGGUGUUUAAUUGAAAGUGAUCCUGGUGUAUUCACCGAACUGAUUCGGGAAUUUGGUUGCGAAGGUGUGCAAGUCGAAGAGAUUUGGUCAUUGAAUGAAGAAUCUUUCAAAAAUUUGGAACCUAUACAUGGCUUGAUUUUCCUAUUUAAGUGGGUACAAGAUGACGAACCUUCCGGUACUAUAGUGCGCGAUAAUCGUUUAGAGAAAAUCUUUUUUGCGAAACAGGUCAUCAAUAAUGCUUGCGCUACUCAAGCUAUUUUAAGUAUUUUACUCAACUGCAAAAGCGAGGAUGUUAAACUCGGUGAAACCUUGACUAAUUUCAAAGAAUUUUGUCAAUUUUUUGAUUCGUAUAACAAAGGCCUAACCUUAAGUAAUGCCUCACAAAUACGUACAGUACAUAACAGUUUUGCUCGUCAAACUUUAUUCGAAUUGGAUACGAAACAUCAAACUAAGGAGGACGAUAUAUAUCACUUCAUUAGUUAUCUGCCUAUUGACGGUCGCCUUUAUGAGUUGGAUGGGUUAAAGGAUGGACCCGUCGAUUUAGGAGCCAUUGUUUCAGGUCAGAAUUGGAUAGAUGUUGUACGUCCGAUUAUAGAGAAACGCAUGCAAAAAUAUAGUGAGGGUGAAAUACACUUCAAUCUUAUGGCUUUAAUAUCGGAUCGCCAGAAAAUCUUUCAGCAACAAAUUGAUAAACUGCUUGGUGGUGUAGGAAUCGAGGCCAUGGAAACUGAUGAUGAUCGCGAAACAGAAAUAGCCAAAUUGCGCUCCCUAAUUGAAUGCGAAAUAGAGAAACGUAAACGUUAUAAAAUUGAGAACAUUAGACGUAAGCACAACUAUUUACCCUUCAUUGUUGAACUAUUAAAAAUGUUGGGUGAGCGUGGCCAGUUGAUGCCCAUCUAUGAAAAGGCUAAACAACGUGCCUUGGAGCGUGAAGCUGCUGCAGCUAAAAGCAAAUCUUAAGUGAAUAAUAUAUACCUACUUUUAUUCCGUUAUUAAUGUUAAUCGCCACCUCUUGAUAAUUUUUUAUAAAGGUAAAUUGUUUUCAAAAAAUAGUAACAAAUCGUACAUAGUUAGAGGAAGUUUAUGAUUCUUUUAAGUCAAUCAAUUUAUUAUGUAGAAUAAUUUUACCGAUUUCUAUAUAUUUCAUUGCACCGAUAUUAGAACAUGAUCUAUUCAAUAUAUAUAAUUUACCGAAUAUAAUUGAAGUUCUCUUUAAGCUCCUGACUGCCAGCGUUUACUUAUAUAUUUGGAAUAACAUAAAAAGGGAAUUUCACUUUCCUAAUCCAUACCCACAUACGAUUUUCUUAUAUAUUUGUAGAAAUUGAAAAAGAUUGUUGUUUUUUUUUGUCAAGUUUUGAAUUAUCAAAUAAAUAUUGAACAAAAACAUAAACUAUCUGAUAUUUUAUGUAGAUGAA